AUUCCUCACACGCAGACGAAAUCUGUCACGCUCGGGCUGCUUUUUGUUAUUGUUUGUGGGGGUCGUGGAGCAACGGAGCCUGAGCAGAAGAGACGCGACUGGCCAUCUCAGAUCGUGGUCGUGUAGUAAUUGUGUACAUUAAACGGUCCAGAUUGACAAGUGGAUGCCGUUACAGUGCCUUUGAGUUGUGUUACCAUGCAAACCACUGCACCGGUGGAGUUCCGUAACGUGGGCUGCAGCUACUUCCCUCAGAGCAGAGUGGACUGCCACUACACACUCAGCUCGUUGCACACCUGGGCCAGCAGUGACUGGAUUGGCCUCUUUAAGGUGGGAUGGUCGUCAGUGAAGGACUACCACACGUUUGUUUGGGCACUGGCCCCAGCCAACUAUGAAGAGCGAACAGAGGUCAACUGUUGUGUUCAAUUCCAGGCAUCUUACCUUCCCAACCCAAGUGCCCAAGAGUAUGAAUUUGUGUACAUUGACGCCAAAGGGGAAGUUUGCUCCCAAAGCUCUAAAUUCACCUUUUGCGCCCCGAAACCCCUGGAGGAUCUGGUGACUGUUGAGGAGGAGCCACAUGGGGAGGAAGAAGGCACAGAUAUUCUGCUCGUCGUACCUCAGACUGAACUACUGAAGAGCCGACUGCAAGAAUGUUUACGAGAGCAUGCUGACCUGCUGCAGAUGCAAGAGGUAGCCAACAAGCAAAAGGAGAAAGAGAGGGAAGACUUCAACAGAGAGAGGCUUGCCUGGAGCAGACUUCACCGAGAGCUUCAUUCCGACAUUAGCAGGCUGCAUGAAGAACUGAAGAGGAGCCAGGAAAAAAAUGAGGAGCUGGCAAGACAGCACAAGGAGGAAAUGGCUUUGGGGGAAUGCCUUGCACAAGAAAAAAGGGCUUUUUUGGACGCGAGGGAGGCCAACAAAUUGCAAAUUGAACAAUUGCAGGAGGACAUCAAAACUCUGACACAGAGAGCUCUGGACCAAGAGACAGAGUUGGAAAGGAUAAAGGAAAGAGCGAAAAGGGCAGCGGCCCAGUGGAAAGCAGAGCAGAUUGACAGAAAGAUACUGCAGACCAAGCAGGAACAGACGGAAGGUGAUCUUCGAAGUUUGUCCAAGGAAUUCCAGGACGUGAGGAACUCCCUGGCCCAGAGGGACGCCAGUGUGCUACAACUCCAGAACACUAUCAGCACCCUCACCCAGAAACUCACCGCAGCCCACAGGAAAGAGGCGUGGAGCGAGGCAAUGCUGAGGGAGAUGAGUAGCCUGCAGGAGCGUCUGGACGUGAGUGAGCGCGCCGUGGACGUCCUGAAGAACGACCUCAGCGCAACGGUCGCCCAAAGAGAUUGUGGGCAGGCCGGGCUGCAUCAGGCCCGCCUUCAAGCUGCCCAGCUAACCCUGCAGCUUGCAGAUUCCAGUCUGGCUCUCAGAGAGGGCAGAGCUCAAUGGGCUCAGGAAAAGCAAAGUCUGCAGCACAAGUCAGAGAAGGAGCACGAGCAUCUCGAGAACCUUACGGCCGAGAUGCAUACAAUUGAGGAAAAGCUCCAGGAGGAGAGGACGGAGAGGGUAAAGCUUGAGGUGGAGCUCGGUCGAGAAAAGGAUUGCAACAGGGUCCAGCUGAGCGAAAUGCGCAGGGAGCUCCAGGAGCUGAAGGCCAGCCUGAGGGUUGCCCACAAGGAGAAGGAGCACCUGUGUUUGGAGAAAAAAGACUUGAUGGACUACAUCUGUCAGUUGGAGCAAAAGAUGGGAACGGCAGCCAGUGCCAAGUGGAGCGCUCCCCCCGCCGCUUCCACAGGCUUCGCUGACGACGCUUCGUCAGACUUGUCCGAUGCGUCGGAGGAUCGCGACCCGGGGGCCUUGCAGUCUUUCGCUGCAACCGCCCCGCUGGGAAACUACGGCCUGUGCGAGCAGGGACGGCCGAGCCUGUCGCUCUUUAGCACCCCUCCUCCCUCCCCACGGGAGAUGGAGACGAGCGCCGUGGUGAUCAGCCAACCGGCUCCUCUCUCCUUGCCUCACGAGCCUGCAGCCUCCUCUCUGGCACUCAGCUCAGAUUCGGAGGAGGAACCUGAUCCACUUAAAUGUGGAAGAAGACACAGCUACGCAGAAGAAAUGGCACUGUUUUCUGAUCACAGGGACAGGUUCAAAGCCCCGCCCGUUCCCACCAGUGAGCUGUUCGACACGUCGCCAUGGUAACCAGCAGAGUGGACAUCCCAGAGGAGAAGCAGCUCCUUUGUGUUCUUCCAUUAUGUCUCCACGGACUCAAUGUUGAUAUGCAAUCUUCCUCGUUUCUUCGUUCUCCUUUGUUGUGUUUGUGUGUGUGUAUGUGUGUGUGUGUGUGUGUGUGUGUGUGCGGGGGUGGGAUGGGGGACCUUGGCUUGGGGGCGGUCAACCCCCCCGUUGAUGACAGGCAUAAGACGUUGGCCCAGGUGGACGGCGCGGGCGUUUAGGCUCCGCUUCGCAGGUUGUAGCUGAAUGCCUCCAGUUGAAUCAUUGCUACGUCGAGAGCUUUACGGCGGAUGUUAUGUCGUUUUUAUGACAUUUGUGAUUAGGAGUCAUGACAGGCACUGUAAUUAUGAUGUUUUGUGCAGGGCCCCGCUGAAAAUCAUGGCAAAGCUCCCUCGCAAGCAUUAAAUUCUCCCCAUCGCAGCUUUGAAUGCGAUUCAUGACAGCAUAAAGCAUUGAUACAGCAUCGCACGCCAACUAUUUUGCAGCAAGGCAGUGCCGUGACGUUCUAUUGCUCCUCCAUUUACUCCUGGACUAAGAUUUUAAAAUAAACUUUCUUCGAGACGUUGGCAGGUGAUGAGCACGCAGUAAAAAUUUAGAGUCGCCGAGGUGCUCAAAGAUGUUUUUGCAAUCAAACGCUUGUUGAGCAGAUUGAAGUUGACAGAAACUUUAUAUUAAUAAUAUUCCAACUUUGACGCUUUUGCUUCCCACCAGCUGAGCUGGCAUUCUCUCGCCGCUCACAGAGAGGCUUUAAUGCCUUCUCCUCUUCAUUACCAUUCACGCAGCUCUCAAUUUGGGCAUCAAUAAUUCAAGAGCAGUCUUAUGAAAGAAAAUCUUUAUAGGUACCGAUAUCAUCACGUGCUGUCAGCAUGUUCCCCGGGGCCUGUGGCAAGAUACUGCCGCCUAUCUUUCUGGCACGACUGCAUGCGUUUUGUAGAGUUUGUAAUAAAGUGUGCUUGUGCUGUAGUCAAGAUGAAUUUGGCUGAUUUCAAAAAAGUUGCCACGCUUGGUGAAGAAACCUUGAUGCCGAUGAGUUUUCUGCUCUGGCUUUGCACCAUUUUUUGACCAGACUACAAUUUUUAGAGUGAUUUUACGCAGCUAAUGCCUGCAUGAGUUAGGGAUGGUCAGAUGAAAUCAUUAUUCAACUCA